AUACCAGGUAUUUACAGGAGCGGAGCCAGAGGGGUGUCCGGGGUGGCACUAGAUAACCCUGACAUCUGAUUAGCCACUCCAGGAGCCUCCCCAAAUUUCAUUCGGUAUUGGAGGUUUAAUGCUGAUUGACAUCACAUUUCAACUCUUGUUGAAAGAAGCAUUUACUUAGACGUUUUCAAAUCGAGAACGAGGAAGAUAGAAUAUUAACGUUGGUUGCGAGAUACAGAAGAAUGAGAAGAACAUAUAGAAGAAGAAAAUAUCAUAUUUCCACAGCUCCACAAGCUCUUUUCGCGAUUGGCGAAAGCAUCAUAUUUAAAUAGAUGUAUCAAAGGAUGACACCGAGACCUCUGGCUCUGAGCUAGACAGUGAGCCAGAGCUGCCAGGAGAUGUCAUCUAGCCCCUCCCAACUGCAUCAAACACCAGAUAUGCAGUUCCAAAAGGACCCAAUGACAUUUCAUGAUCCAGAGAAGAGGGUCCUGUACAGCCGUGUUUAAAAACAUUUCCCAGAACUCAGCAUGGUAAUAGGAAAAGGGCUUUCAACAGCUCCUGAUGAUGUAAGGACAAUUCAUGGCUUGAAUAUUCUACAGAACACUGCUGUCCAUCCUGGGCUCCCUCAGGUAUGCAGCUGCACCACCGCUGAACAUACAGGUGUUACUGAGCUGUUGUCCUGGUCCUGUCUCAGGAUGUUUCACUGGGUGGUGAAGGUGGUUCCUCAGCCCCCUGACGCCCCUGGUUCUCUGGGAGAGGAGACGGCCAAUCCCGCACCAAGAAACGUGUCUAAAGAUGAAGUGAAAAAAGUCAAGGCACAACCAGCCAAACAGAAGGAAGAUGAUAUUUCUGAGGACAACAGUAUUCAGAGUGGAGUGAUGACCUGGCUCUCCAAUGGAUUCGCAAGUGCUCUUCCUCAACCAGCAGGCACACCUAACCUCAGCAGAUCCAACUCUGUAUCCAAGUCACUGCAGGAUGAUGAAAGGAAUGGGGUGAUUAAGUGGAUUGCAGAUGGACUGAGUAAAGUGGUACCCCAGCCAGAUGAAAAGUACAGAGAGGAUAAUCGAGAGGAGGAGGAUGAAACAGAGGUUUAUAACAUGAAAGAUGUGCCGGACGCAGAGCCCCUCCCACAUAUACCUGUGGUGGAGAUGUUUUCAGAAUAUGAGGAAGAGGAUCAGAUACCACAGUUCCCCCCCAAUGUGGUUAACUGGAUUAAGAAUGCUAUUCCUCAGCCUGUGAUGCUCCCUGCAGGCUACAUAGAGGCCCUAAGUAAGGCGCAACAGGCCCAGGUUCUCUCACCAUCUCCGGAGUCCCUCAAAGGAGAUGAGGACUCACAGAACUCGAAUGUCGUGGGCUGGUUCGUGACGGGCCUCGGCCUCAAGUUGCCACAGCCUGUCGCGAGAUCCAGAGAUGAUGUUGAAGUUCUGACGAAUGGGGGGCUCACCACAAAGCUUACAGCCCUGGGACUGAACUCCUCACUAUGCAACUGGGUCUUGGACUUCCUGACGGGCUGCCCCCAGGGGGUGAAGGUAGGCAACAUUACCUCCUCCACACUGAUCCUCAACAUGGGGGCUCCACAAGGGUGCGUCCUCAGUCGCCUCAUGUAUACCCAUGACUGUGCGGCCUCACAUAGUUCCAACUACAUCAUCAAGUUCCCUGACGACACGACAGUAAACAACCUCUCCCUCAAAGUCAGCAAAACAAAGGAGCUGAUUGUGGACUUCAGGAGGAAUCAGGCUGGGCACGCCCCCAUUCUCAUCAACAUGGCCGAUGUAGAGAUGGUCAAAAACGCCUUGAUGAGUCUCCCCCUGGUGGCUGACCUGCUGUGCCAGGUGUGUCCUGCUGAGGAGGACCCAGUGGAGGCAGCAGAGAGUACCCCUCAGACAGAGCCCAGAGAGGCUGCAUCACCCGACAUUGAACCAGAACCCCAGGAGGAGCCAGAGCCCCAGAGGGCCUCUCCAUCCCCUCGUUCAAGCCCAGAGCCAGAGCGAUUUAAGACAGUAGAGCCUGAACCUAAACCAUAGGCCCAGGACGCCAAAGUAGCACCUGAACCGGUGACCCAACAACCACAGAAAGCAGAGGACUGCAACAAACCUAACACCACUACCAAGGAGGAGUGGAAGACUGUAGAGGAGGGCGACUGUGUCCCUGCCAGCUGCGAUGCAGUAAAGAGCUGUCUCAUGCAUAUCCCUCACGCGCCUGUGUGCCUCAACAGCUUCAAUAACCUGCUGAAAGAGUACAUCACCGCUCCUAAACUUCCCCCCAUGCCCCAGCUCCCCACCAACCUCUCCCAGUUCACCUCCCAGGUCACCCAGCUAAUGCCCUCUCUCCCCCCAGAACUCUCCCAAGAGUUCUUCCAGUACUCUCGGCCAUUCACCCAAAUGUCCCAGCGUGUCUCCCAACUGCCCCAACAGAUCUCUCAACUGCCCCAACAGAUGUCCCAACUGCCCCACCAGCUCCAAGUUUCAGCCUUAAGCCCCAGGAUGCCUAAGCAGCAGCAGCAAAACCGGGACCUGGAGUUGGACCGCCUGGUCCGCCAGGUCCCUCUCCAACACCACCCUCCGACUCGCAGCCCCUCACCGUCCUCCCCCAACAGGACCCUAGAGCUGCCCAACGUGCCCUCCUACCCCCGCCUGCCACCCAUUAGCCUGUCCAGGCAGCUGUCAGGGCUUUUCAACCCCACCUUCCACAUUGAGGACGACCCCACGUCCGCUCUACCCUCAGUGAGCUCCAGGCUCAGUGUGCACCCAGCUGUCAGUGUGGAGGAUGUGGAUUCCGGCGGAGAGGGAGGAGGUGGCGGAGGGGAGCACCACCGCCACCACAUUCCCCAAAUCCUUACCCUACAGGACCCCAACUUCAAGACCCUGACCGUACCCGGAGUGUCCAAAACCAGCCGUCAGUGUAAAGUUGCUGAAAAAGAUGAGAAGAAACCCAAGAAUAUCUGGACCAAUAUAAAGAAGUUGUACUCUCAGAGUGAGGAGGAUGAAGAGGAGAUGGAGAUCGCAGUGAGGGCAUGGCCUAGCCAGUCCAGCAUCCUCAGUGGAGACGAUGGGCUAAAGGAGCGCCCUGCGUCUUCCGCUAGCCAGGCCAGCUACGUGGUGAACGAGCGCCUACAGGAGCUGGUCAAGAUGUUUAAGGAGAGGACAGAAAGGGCCAAAGAGAAACUCAUAGACCCAGAUCACUCUGAUGAUGACAGUCCAACUGCCUCCCCUGCAAGAGCUCCAACACCACCUCCUGCGCCUCCAGAGGAGCCGAAGGAGGAGGAGAUAGAGGAGCAGCAACCCAAGCCUACAUUAUGCUGCAAGGUGAUGCCUCCUCGCUGGAUCAGAGCUCUGCUGCACUACCGCUUCCCCGCUAGCAUCGACCCCUUCACCAAUCUGGUCUAUGUGCUGUGGCUGUUUUUCGUCACCUUGGCGUGGAACUGGAACAUGUGGCUUAUCCCGGUGCGCUGGGCCUUCCCCUACCAGACCCCCAGUAACAUCUACCUGUGGCUACUCACUGACUAUCUGUGUGACCUCAUCUACAUCCUGGACAUCCUGGUCUUCCAGCCCCGCCUGCAGUUUGUCCGCAGUGGAGACAUAGUGUUUGACAAAAAGGACAUGAGAGUGAAUUACAUGAAAACCUUCCGGUUCAAGAUGGAUGUCAUCAGUCUUGUUCCACUGGAGUUGUUCUAUUUUAAAACUGGGAUCAACCCACUCCUCCGCUUCCCACGACUACUUAAGAUAAUGUCUUUCUUUGAGUUCAACGACCGUCUUGAGGGCAUCCUUACCAAAGCCUACGUUUACAGAGUGAUCCGGACCACCACCUACCUGCUGUACUGCCUGCACUGUAAUGCCUGUCUGUACUACUGGGGCUCUGCGUAUGAAGGUCUGGGCUCCACGCAGUGGGUCUAUGACGGACAGGGCAACAGUUACAUCCGCUGCUACUACUUUGCUGUGAAGACCCUAAUCACCAUUGGUGGACUGCCGGACCCCACAACGCUCUUUGAAAUCAUCUUUCAGCUCAUAAACUACUUUGUUGGAGUGUUUGCCUUUUCCAUCAUGAUUGGACAGAUGAGAGAUGUGGUUGGUGCAGCCACAGCAGGACAGACGUACUACAGAGCAUGCAUGGACAACACUGUCAAAUACAUGGCCUCCUACCGUAUCCCUAAAGACGUGCAGAACCGGGUUAAAACCUGGUACAACUACACCUGGCAGUCCCAGGGCAUGCUGGAUGAACAGGAGCUUCUGGUUCAGCUCCCAGACAAGAUGAGGCUGGACAUCGCUGUGGAUGUCAACUAUGACAUUGUCAGUAAAGUGUCUCUCUUCCAGGGUUGCGAUAGACAGAUGAUCUUUGACAUGCUGAAGAGACUGAGGUCUGUUGUUUACCUCCCAGGGGACUAUGUCUGCAAAAAGGGUGAAGUUGGGCGGGAAAUGUAUAUCAUCAAAGCCGGAGAGGUGCAGGUGGUGGGCGGGCCAGACGGGAAGACUGUGUUUGUCACACUGAGGGCGGGGUCAGUGUUUGGGGAAAUCAGCUUGCUGGCAGUUGGUGGAGGGAACAGGAGAACAGCAAACGUGGUGGCUCAUGGCUUCGCCAACCUGUUCAUCCUGGACAAGAAGGACCUCAAUGAGAUUCUAGUGCAUUACCCCGAGUCCCAGAAGCUGCUCCGCAAGAAGGCCAGGAAGAUGCUCACGAAAGAUAAGAAGCCUCCGAAGGAGCCGGCCCAGGUGAUCCCUCCUCGAACGGUCACGCCCAAGCUAUUCAAAGCUGCUCUGGAUGUGGCGCAUCAGAAAACAGGCCUCAAAGGGACCCUCGCCAAGAUUAAGGAGAAGAUCAACAAAUCCAGCGUUUCUCUACAGCCCUCCAUGUCCUCCUCCCUGCCUCCCUUGUCCCCAGUCUCCAGUCUGGACCCAGAGCGCAAGGCUGACGCCACGUCACCAACCUUAGACAGCUCCACGCUGCUCUGCCCCGUCUCCCAUUGUCACGGAGAUGAGACACUCUCCAAGGAGCAGGGCCAAGUGGAGGGAGAAGUUGCAGGAGAGAGUGGGAAGAAGAAAGAAAAGAGAAAGGCAUGAGUUGUCUCCAAAAGCUUUAAAAGCUGUCUUCAUGUGGAGAAAGGGAUGCACUUUUUUGUCCCUCUGUACUCUACUGCAGAGAGGGAGACCAGAGAGAGAAGAGCCAUGGUUCCUCAAGAUCAUCCAAUUAUGUCUCAGGAGUCACAGACUCAGUUUCUGUUCCUUUAUACCCAUAGACUCUUCUUUUAGCUAACCCUUUGAUACUCAGUACACUGAGUUUACCAAAUUUGGAACACCUUCCUAAUAUUGAGUUCAACCGCUCCCUUUCACCCUCAGAACAGACUCAAUUUCUCAUGGCAUGGACUCUACAAAGUGUCGAAAGCAUUCCACAGGGAUACUGGCCACUGUUGACUCCAAUGCUUCCCACAGUUGUGUCAAGUUGGCUGGAUGUCUUUUGGGUGGUGGACGAUUCUUAAUACACACAGGAAACUGUUGUGUGAAACCCAGUGUUGCAGUUCUUGACACAAACCGGUGCGCCCAGCACCUACUACCAUAUCCCGUUCAAAGGCACUUAAAUAUGUUGUCUUGCCGAUUCACAAUCUGAAAUGCACACAUACACAAUCCAUUUCUCAAUUGUCUCAAGGCUUAAAAAUCCUUUAACCUGUUGCCUCCUCUUCAUCUACACUGAUUGAAGUGGAUUUAAUAAGGGAUCAUAGCUUUCACCUGGAUUCACCUGGUCAGUUUAUGUAAUGCAAAGAGCAGGUGUUCUUAAUGUUGUUGUGUAUACUCAGUGUAUAGGGCCUAGGCGACCUAAUUCCACAGGGAUGGAGAAACGGGUGCUAAACUGAUGUCUUUGAUAUUUCAGUAUAUGUUUGUGUUUACAAUCCCAGAGGUAAAUGUACCAAUCAGCAAUAAUUGACACAGACAUCAUCUCAUCAGGGGUAUGACAAGGUGGUCACCCAGGUUACAGCUGUGUGUUUGGGGGAGGUCCUCUCCAAGUCUUCUGUUCUCUGUUUUCGGAAAAACAAAUGCCUUCUAAACCCUAGUUUUUUUUUUUCAUUUUAUUCCUUUUUUCAAAUGUAUUCAUUCAGUGAGUGGGGGGUGUGAAUGGGAAAUACUAUAAAAAUGUUGGAAUCUGAGGAAAUAUUUUGAAAUGUUUACGUUUUGUAAAGAUGACCAGUUAUUUAUAGUUUUGUUCAAUGGAAUGUUAUUAUUGCCUUAUUUAUCAUGGCCCUUGAUAGUGUUUCUGGGGUGAAUGGGUCAAUGAUGUAUAUAUUUUUCAUCUGAAAAUGUUGAAAUGAGUGUACAAUUUUUAUAACGGUCAGCUUGUCAAUGUACAUAUUGUUUUGUAUGCAGAAAGGUAGAAGUGCAGCUAAUAAUUUCAUCAAGACUGGUAAACUGUCAAUCAUGAGUUCACCAUGCCAGACAAUCAAAGAUUUACUUUUAGUCGGCAGCUAUACCUUACAAAAUCAUUUUUAAUUUAGCUGAACAAAUGACAGUUACAACAGCUUUUGACACUGAUUGGUAUGUUUAAAAUAACACGUAUGUUUAAAAUGACUGUUUAUUUAAAAAAAAUACUAACUUGACAGAUCAGAAGACGACUCAUGUCCACAAUUUAUACAUGAACAGUACAUGUUUUUAAGUUAGAGGUUUUCUUAUCUGUUGGAUAUACUUUUUAAUCAUACUAUUAACCAAAUGCUGUUUUCAAAAUUUUGUAAAUAGGAAAAUACUUAAACCCCUAAAUGUAGUUUUUCAGGAAGCAAUGCAAGGUGUAACAUAAUUGUAUAGAUCCUAAAUUCACCAAUGGAAUACAUAGGGUCUAUAAACUAGCUACCGAAACUGCCAGACAAUGUGUAGCUUGUAUGUGAAUAUUGUUAUGUUGGUUGUUGAUUACCUUCUUUGUGUAUAUAGUGUAGGUGACAAAAGCUGUCAUGCAACAGAUGCUGAGAAAAAAACUUUUGUGAUACACCUGCUUUUAAUAGAUGGGUUAGCUAACAAUGUUCACGCUUCAAUGGGGCAGAAGUCCAUGAGUUGUUGUGAUUCUGGAUCGCCAUGUAGCUACCAACAAUGACAAGAAACUGCCAUGUGGGGUAUCGCGAGUGACCUGUUUCAUCUUGUUCUUGAUGCCUUGUUUUGGCUGAUUUCAUGUCAAUGCUAAUAUGGCUCAAAUUCACUACCUAGCUAACCAACAACAGUUAUCAAAUGCUCAUUGUGCAAAUAUAUUUAUGUUUUCAAUAAACAUUGGAGACAAUAUAGUUUACAUUGUCAACAAUUUAAGCCAA